GGACUCAAGUAGUUGACGUUUCCUGCUGCAACCUUCUCUUUUUCAGCUUUCUUCCACAUCCGAUCACUCUCAACCCGGUUUUUGUUGACGUUUUUGACCCUUUGGCGAGCUUUGACCAAUCUGAGAACAUGAAGUACAUCACUGGCAUUGGCGGCGUAACCAAUGGAGGGAAAACCACCCUCACCAACCGCCUGAUCAAGAACCUGCCCAACUGCUGCGUGAUCCGUCAGGCUGACUUCUUCAAGCCCCAAGAUCAGAUUGAAGUUGGUGAAGAUGGCUUUAAGCAGUAUGAUGUCAUCACUGCUCUGGACAUGGACGCCAUGAUGAGUACGAUCUACGCGUGGCUGGAGAACCCGGUGAAGUUUGAGAAGUCUCAUGGCGUUAAUAACACCCUGGACACAGAGAUCGUCCCGAAGUCCGACCACAAGGAGGAGGAGGAGACUCACAUCCUCAUUGUGGAGGGCUUCCUGCUUUACACCUACAGGCCUUUGAUCGACGUGCUGAACCAACGUUACUUUAUUUCCAUCCCAUAUGAAGAAUGCAAAAAGAGGAGGUGCUCUAGGAACGACAUGGUGCCAGACCCCCCCGGCCUGUUCGAUGGCCACGUCUGGCCCAUGUACCUGCAACACAAGAACAUCAAGGACAUUUUUAAUAGUCUGCUGCGUCUAGCUUCAAACGGCAGUCGGAGGAAGGGGAGGCGGGCGAUCGAGCAAGGAAAAGACAAGUGUGGAGGGAGGCGAGAGAGGGAGGGGGAGGGAGGUAAAGGUGGGGGGCAGACGGUGAGACAGACAGAGGGUGAGAUAAUGAGAUAG